CUGGUUGCGAAAACUGUAAAUCCCAACGCGGGGGAAAUGUCGUAAUAUUGUAAUUUAUUGACUGUUUACGUCACUCUAUUUAAUUUUUAAAAAAGAGCUGUAAAGUUACAUUGCCUUAAAUAUAUGUAUGACAGCUGAGGAGAAUGACGUCCAUUAUCAAGUUGACAGCCGUGUCUGGAGUUCAGGAGGAGUCAGCCCUCUGCUACUUGCUGCAGGUGGAUGAGUUCCGCUUCCUGCUGGACUGUGGGUGGGAUGAGAACUUCUCCAUGGACAUUAUCGAUGCUAUGAAAAGAUAUGUUCACCAGGUUGAUGCUGUGCUUCUCUCCCACCCUGAUCCAAUACAUCUUGGAGCUCUUCCAUAUGCUGUUGGGAAGCUUGGUCUAAACUGCACAAUCUAUGCCACAAUACCUGUCUACAAGAUGGGCCAGAUGUUCAUGUAUGAUCUGUAUCAGUCUCGAAACAACAGCGAAGACUUCAGCCUGUUUACCCUCGAUGAUGUAGACAGUGCCUUUGACAAAAUUCAGCAGCUGAAAUACUCACAGAUUAUUAAUCUGAAAGGGAAAGGACAUGGUCUGUCCAUCACUCCGCUUCCAGCAGGUCACAUGAUUGGAGGGACUAUUUGGAAAAUUGUGAAGGAUGGGGAGGAAGAGGUAGUUUACGCCGUGGAUUUCAACCACAAGAGAGAGAUCCACCUGAAUGGCUGUACAUUGGAAAGUUUGAGUCGCCCCUCUCUGCUUAUUACAGACUCUUUUAAUGCUACGUAUGUACAGCCCCGUCGCAAACAAAGGGAUGAGCAGCUUCUCACUAAUGUGAUGGAAACCCUCCGUGGUGAUGGCAAUGUUCUUAUUGCUGUGGAUACAGCUGGUCGUGUUUUGGAACUGGCUCAGCUUUUAGACCAGAUCUGGAGGACCAAGGACGCUGGGCUGGGCGUCUACUCUCUGGCUCUGCUCAACAACGUCAGCUACAACGUGGUUGAAUUCUCCAAGUCACAGGUAGAGUGGAUGAGUGACAAGCUGAUGCGGUGCUUUGAGGACAAGAGAAACAACCCUUUCCAGUUCCGCCACCUGUCCCUGUGCCACAGCCUGGCAGACCUGGCGCGGGUGCCCAGCCCAAAAGUGGUGCUGUGUAGCCAGCCGGAUCUGGAGUCUGGUUUCUCCAGAGAACUGUUCAUACAGUGGAGCCAGGAUGCCAAGAACUCUGUCAUCCUGACUUACCGCACCACACCUGGAACCCUGGCCCGCUAUCUCAUCGACAACCCUGGGGAAAAGACGCUGGAUCUGGAGAUUAGAAAACGAGUGAAACUUGAAGGAAAAGAACUUGAAGAAUACCUUGAAAAAGAGAAAAUGAAGAAAGAGGCUGCCAAAAAACUUGAACAAGCAAAGGAGGUGGAUGUGGACUCCAGUGAUGACAGUGACAGCGAGGACGACUUGGAUCAGCCAGCAGUAGUGAAAACCAAACACCACGACCUGAUGAUGAAAGGAGAAGGCAGCCGGAAGGGCAGCUUCUUCAAACAGGCCAAGAAGUCUUACCCAAUGUUCCCCACACAUGAGGAGAGGAUCAAAUGGGACGAGUAUGGGGAAAUCAUUAGGCCAGAAGACUUUCUGGUUCCUGAACUGCAAGCCACAGAAGAGGAAAAAAGCAAGCUGGAAGCUGGGUUGGCUAACGGAGAAGAGCCCAUGGACCAGGACCUUUCGGUGGUACCCACCAAAUGCACCUCCAGUGUAGAAAGUAUAGAGAUCAGAGCCAGAGUGACAUACAUAGACUAUGAGGGGCGCUCUGAUGGAGACUCCAUAAAAAAGAUCAUCAAUCAGAUGAAACCUAGGCAGCUGGUCAUCGUUCAUGGGCCACCCGAGGCCAGUCUGGACUUGGCAGAGUCCUGCAAAGCUUUCACCAAGGACAUUAAGGUCUAUACCCCCAAACUACAGGAGACUGUAGAUGCUACCAGUGAGACACACAUCUACCAGGUGCGUUUGAAAGACUCCUUGGUGAGCUCCUUACAAUUCUGUAAGGCCAAAGACACAGAGCUGGCUUGGAUCGACGGUGUGCUGGACAUGCGGGUGGUGAAGGUGGACACGGGGGUGCUGUUGGAGGAGGGCAUGAAGGAUGAGCCUGAGGACAGCGAGAUGACUGUUGACGUGACGCCCGACUUGGCCACUGAGCACAGCGCCGCGGCGGCAGCAGCACAACGCGCCAUGAAGAACUUGUUCGGGGAGGAUGAGAGGGAACUGACGGAAGAAAGCGACGUCAUCCCCACUCUAGAGCCCCUGCCCUCACAAGAGAUCCCGGGCCAUCAGUCAGUUUUCAUCAACGAGCCUCGUCUGUCAGACUUCAAGCAGGUCCUGCUGAGAGAGGGCAUUCAGGCAGAGUUUGUGGGAGGAGUGCUCGUGUGCAACAACAUGGUGGCCGUUCGCAGGACGGAGGCGGGGCGCAUCGGCCUGGAAGGCUGCCUGUGUGACGACUACUAUAAGAUCAGGGAGCUGCUGUAUCAGCAGUACGCCGUGGUAUAGGAGCCGCAGCAGAGCGGGCGCCACUGCCAUACAGAAACAUUCCUUUUUGAGGACUUUACCCAGAGGAGGAGCAUGUACCACACUUGUGCUCCCUCUGCCCCUCGGGCGGCUCCAGCUGUUUCAUUUCAAACCUCAUUGUACAUUUUCCUUCUUUUUAUUACUCCCCCCCCCCCCCCUUUUUAGUCUUUUUUGUCGACAGGCAGAUGCUCAUUUCUGACUGACCUCUCGAUGUGAACACGCGCUGUAACCCUAAGGGUCUCCUCCUCACUCCUCACUCCUCACACUGCCCAGUGUCAUCCUGCUGCAGUGGGCGGAUGAACACACGGUUUCUUCCUCAUGUUGUAAUAAAACCAUCAUUUUCAAA